CAUCUACCGAAGAAAAUUAAAAAUUAAUCUGUCACUUCACCUUCCUCUUCCUGUGGUUAUCCAACGAUCCAUUAUCAUUUUCAAAGAAUUUAUCCUGAUAUUUUAUCGUGAACCAGGAUGGCUGUGAGGUUAUUGUCAAAAAUUAAGCUCCUGCCUGAGCUGAGAGGUGCGGCAUAUGUUAGUUCCGCCGCCGCUCCCGCUGAGCUUUCGGAUUUCGAAGUGCAGCACAAAACACCUGUUAUUCGGAAACAGAAGCUGAUCCCAGUAGCCCAAUACGGUGGUCGUCAUGCCGUUACCAUGCUGCCUGGUGGUGGGAUCGGACCCGAGUGUAUGGGUUACGUCAGAGAUAUUUUCAAAUACAUCGGUGCACCGGUUGACUUCGAACUGGUCGACAUUGAUCCCAACGUUGACAAUGACGACGAUGUGCAGUAUGCUAUCACGACGAUUAAAAGGAAUGGUGUUGGACUCAAGGGCAACAUCGAAACUAAGAGCGAAGCGGCAUACGUAACGUCACGUAACGUCGCGCUCCGCAACGAAUUGGACAUGUACGCGUACGUACUGAACUGCAAGUCCUAUCCGGGAGUCUCGACGAGGCACAAGGAUAUCGAUGUUGUUAUUAUAAGACAGAACACCGAAGGAGAGUACGCCAUGUUGGAACACGAAUCAGUCCGAGGGGUAAUCGAGUCCAUGAAAGUUGUAACGGCCAGCAACUCGGAGCGCGUCGCGAGAUUCGCAUUCGAGUUUGCCAAGAGAAACGGCAGGAAGAAGGUAACCACGGUUCACAAAGCGAACAUCAUGAAGCUCUCCGAUGGUCUGUUCCUGGAGACGUCUCGUCGCCUCGCAGAGGAAUACCCUGAGAUCGAACACAAUGAUAUGAUCAUCGAUAACUGUUGUAUGCAGCUUGUUGCUAGGCCUCAUCAAUUCGACGUGAUGCUCAUGACCAAUUUAUACGGUUCGAUCGUAUCGAACGUGGUGUGCGGUCUGCUCGGAGGCGCCGGCCUGCUGUCCGGAAGGAACUACGGUGACCACUACGCGGUCUUCGAGCCCGGUACCAGGAACACUGGCACAGCGAUAGCCGGCAAGAACAUAGCAAAUCCAAUAGCUAUGAUUAACGCUUCCGUCGAUAUGCUGGAACAUCUCGGACACCACUUCCACGCUGACCUGAUAAGACGGGCCGUUAAUAAAACGAUCAACGUUGACAAGGUCCUCACCCCGGACGUGGGUGGUACAGCCUCCUCAUCGGAAGUGGUCAACAACAUUAUGGGUAAUAUUGGACGUUGCUAAAUGUAUAAUUGGCAAUUAUCAUGAUAAUUUAAUUACAUUUGGAAGUAUUUUAAGGAAAUGUCCAAAGAAUUGAGUCCUCGUUUGAUGCAUUAUAAAUUUAUAUAAUAUUAAAUAAAUUUUUGUACAUAUAAAGUAAAUAUACUAAGGUAUCCCGACAGCUUUUUUAUGUACUUUAAUAUUAAAUUAAUGUAUUAUCAUGAUAAUUCUGAUUAUUUUUAUUGGCUGUCCGUUUUUUUAAUAACCCGUAGAUAGAUCUAUCGAAGAAAUGCAUAUAGUUUACUAUUGAUGAAGAUAAAUUGAGAUUUGAAUAAAGAAUCUGUUUUCAAAUAAUGACAAUAUGUCAAAUGUAAUUUUAAAAAUGGAAUGAACUUGUAAAAACAGAUGCACGAUUAAAUUCACUAACAAUUUCCUGACAGUUAAGUAAUUUAUAUAAAAUGUUAUUUGUUUACAAAUAAAUAGUAUUAUCUGUAGUGAUUAUUCGUUGUUGCCAGUACAUUGAUGCUAUUUUAAUUUAUCUGUAGUCAUAUAUAAUAUAAGGUUCAUUCAGAUAUAAGCGAAAUUCGCUAAAACCAUAGCGAUUUUUUUAAGCGAUAUUUCGUUGAGUAAUCUUUUACUGUACUAUGAACACUCAAAUUGGCAACUAUGUGCCGACUUUUGGAAGUUGCGAGUUGAGAGCCUUAAUACUGAAAUAAUUUAAAAAAUUACACUUUUUUGCAACUGGCAAUGCUAUGACAUGUGUCAAUACAGAAAAAUAUAUAACUAUUCGGUUUUAUUUUUAUUAAUGUUGUCAUUAUAGUGUACUUAAAUAAUUGAAGGUAACUUUUAGCUAUAAUUACGGCUUAUAUUUAAAUUUCCGACUUAAUAUCGCUUUAUUCUGAAUUGAACUUUAUAUCAUAAUUAGUAAUGCCAUCCUUGCACUUUAAUGAGACAUUAUUAUUUGCUAAAUUAUUUUGACAAAUGAUCUUAAGAGUGUAAACGAUUUUUUUUUAGUAUUAUUUGAAUUUCAACUGAAUGACUAGAACCUUUUUUUUUUUUAAUAUUUGAAAUGUAUUAGUAAUAUUAGACAAUUGUAGUUUGCUAUAUUUGUAUCUGCCAUUAUCGAUAGUUAUUUAAACACAGAUUAUAUAAAAAGGUUUUCAAAGUAAACCUUCUGUAAUUUGAGUAGAAUUUAAAUUGUGAUUUUUUUUUUUUUCGUUUCAACUAUUUAUGUAUUUAUUAUACAAUAUAUAUUAUAAUUAGACGAAUUUUGUAUAUAUUAAUCUGUAAUUUAGAGCGUGUGUGUGUUUUUUCUGUUCGAAAACAUGUCGUAACCUAGUUACCCGAGUAUUCUGUUAAAUAUUUAUUUUAGUUUGUAAACAAAUAAAUACGAAAAUUUU